CUUCGAUUAUCGAUUGAAAACGUUACAUGCGUCGAGUCGAGUGUCGAGUUCCGUACGCUGGAUCUCAUUUAUGUGAACGCAACGACCGUAGAUUGUCGCGCUGUGGCUUUCUCUUGCAGUAGAUCAAAUGCCUGACAGCUUUCGUUUGUGAUCGGUGCACGAUCGCGAGUAUCGGAAAAAUGCGGUGAAAUUUGAUUCGUACAGCAUCGUGUCGUCGCGAAAUCGGCCAUUUUGGUAGUGCACUUUUCGAGGAAAACGAAUAGGAUCACUUCUAACAGCUACCCUUGACGGUUGUCCGUGGAAGUGGUGAUAACUCGGUGUCGCCCAUAGGACACAGCCGUGAAAACUUGAAACGAUUGUGUUCUUGGGCAGAAGUGAAGAAACAACCUCAACAAAAUGGCAGGGAACACGGGUAUGGAACAAUUAAUCCCGAUCGUGAACAAGCUGCAGGAUGCGUUCACACAACUCGGGGUGCACAUGCAACUUGAUCUACCACAAAUAGCAGUGGUGGGUGGCCAGAGUGCUGGAAAAAGUUCCGUACUUGAGAAUUUUGUUGGGAAAGACUUCCUACCUAGAGGAUCAGGUAUUGUGACCAGAAGACCACUUAUCUUGCAACUGAUUAAUAGUACAACUGAAUUUGCUGAGUUUCUACAUUGCAAAGGUAAAAAAUUUGUGGAUUUUGAUGAAGUACGAAAGGAAAUCGAAGCAGAAACAGAUAGAAUUACAGGGAGUAAUAAGGGUAUUUCUAAUAUACCAAUAAAUUUAAGAGUUUAUUCCCCUAAUGUUCUGAAUUUAACAUUGAUUGAUUUACCUGGCCUCACAAAAGUACCAAUUGGAGAUCAGCCAGCGGAUAUAGAAGCUCAAAUUAAAGCUAUGAUCUUCCAGUUUAUCAAAAGGGAGAACUGUCUUAUACUGGCAGUAACUCCAGCAAAUACAGAUUUAGCAAACAGUGAUGCUCUUAAACUUGCUAAAGAAGUAGAUCAGCAGGGUGUCCGUACAAUUGGUGUUAUUACAAAAUUGGAUCUUAUGGACGAAGGUACCGAUGCAAGAGAUAUUUUAGAAAACAAAUUAUUGCCGUUAAGACGAGGUUACAUAGGCGUUGUCAAUAGAAGUCAAAAGGACAUAGAAGGUCGGAAAGAUAUAAAAAAUGCUUUGGCAGCAGAAAGAAAAUUUUUCCUGAGCCAUCCAUCUUACCGGCACCUGGCAGAUAGAUUAGGAACACCGUAUUUACAACGUGUUUUGAAUCAACAAUUAACAAAUCAUAUUAGGGAUACUUUACCAGCAUUAAGGGAUAGAUUACAGAAACAAUUGCUUACGUUGGAAAAGGAUGUAGAACAGUAUAAACAUUUUAGACCUGAUGAUCCUGCCAUAAAAACAAAAGCUAUGUUGCAGAUGAUACAACAGCUUCAGUCAGAUUUCGAAAGAACUAUAGAAGGUUCAGGAUCAGCACAAAUCAAUACAAUGGAGCUCAGUGGAGGUGCUAAAAUAAACAGAUUAUUCCACGAACGUUUCCCAUUCGAAAUAGUUAAAAUGGAAUUUGAUGAGAAAGAAUUGAGAAGAGAAAUUGCUUUUGCUAUUAGAAAUAUUCAUGGUAUCAGAGUAGGUUUGUUUACACCUGAUAUGGCCUUCGAGGCAAUAGUCAAGAAACAAAUCAAUAGACUCAAAGAACCUAGUCUCAAAUGCGUGGAUUUAGUAGUACAGGAACUCAGUAAUGUCGUACGCAUUUGUACUGAUAGGAUGUCACGUUACCCUAGAUUGAGAGAAGAGACGGAACGUAUUAUAACUACUUAUGUUAGACAACGAGAGCAGAUGUGCAAGGAACAAUUGAUACUCUUGGUUGACUGUGAACUUGCGUACAUGAAUACGAAUCACGAAGAUUUUAUUGGUUUCGCCAACGCGGCAGCCAGUAGCCAUAAUGCAAGUGCACAACAAUCUUCAGAAAAUGCUGUUAAAUCCGGUCGUCAUACAUUAGGAAAUCAAGUGAUACGUAAAGGGUAUAUGUGCAUCCACAAUCUUGGUAUAAUGAAAGGUGGUUCAAGAGAUUAUUGGUUCGUCUUGACAUCAGAGAACAUUUCAUGGUACAAGGACGAAGAAGAACGCGAGAAAAAAUACAUGCUGCCUUUGGACGGAUUGAAAUUACGUGAUUUGGAACAAGGAUUCAUGUCCCGACGUCAGUUAUUCGCAUUGUUCAAUCCGGAAGGCAGAAAUGUAUACAAGGAUUACAAACAACUUGAAUUGAGCUGUGAAACGCAGGAUGAUGUCGAUUCAUGGAAGGCCUCCUUCCUCAGAGCGGGUGUAUAUCCUGAAAAGCAGACGGAGCAAGCGAAUGGUGAAGGAGAGGAUAAGCAGCGGGGUGGAUCUGAAGCUCAGUCAUCAAUGGACCCUCAACUUGAACGCCAAGUGGAAACCAUUAGAAAUUUGGUGGAUUCUUACAUGAAAAUUGUUACGAAAACGACUCGCGAUUUGGUCCCGAAAACAAUUAUGCAUUUGAUUAUUAACAAUGCAAAAGAUUUCAUUAAUGGGGAGUUAUUGGCUCAUCUAUACGCAAGCGGUGAUCAGACUUCGAUGAUGGAGGAAUCGCCGGAAGAGGCACAGAAACGUGAAGAAAUGUUACGCAUGUAUCACGCGUGCAAAGAAGCGCUUCGUAUUAUUGGAGAUGUCUCGAUGGCAACCGUCUCCACUCCAGUGCCACCGCCUGUGAAGAAUGAUUGGUUGGCAUCCGGUGAAAACCCAAGUCUUGGGUUAUCACCACCAUCUCCUGGUGGACCAAGACGUGGAGUGACACAGCCACCACCUCUUUCUAGCUCUCGUGCACCACCUCCGGUUCCGGCGGCGGUUGGUCGGCCGGCACCGGCUAUCCCAAGCCGACCUGGACCUGGUGGACCUCCGCCAACCCGUGGUAAUCCUGGCCUACCUGCUCCACUUAUACCAUCUCGUGUGGGUGGUCUUCAACAAAGGGUGACGCAAGCUGCGACGCAGGCCGCUGCGAAUGCCGCCAUGAACGAGCUGAUGGACGCAUUCAAGAUCAAGCGUCCCGUACCCAAUAUUCCUCCCCGAAUUCCCGACAGACCGUACUACGGCCGCUUAAACUGAGCUAGUCCACGGAAAAGCGCACGACACCUGUGCACACACAUCCACGCCCGAGAGCGUUCGAAGAGUUUCAUUUCGAAAUGAGCCGAUGAUCGAGAAAACACGGGAACACGAGCUCAGAACGAAUACAAAAGAAACAGAGCUGGGGGAGGCGUCAUCCGACGCUUUAGCGUUACGGGUGAAAAUCCUCUCUAGCAUCAGGACACGUCCUUCUAAGAUAGAUCUCUCUCUUCGUACAAAACUGCAGCUGUUUCGCUGCGCGAGAGAAAUAUUCAUAUCCUCUCUUCGUGCCUACGAAGAGGAAAAUCAUGGAAAAAAGAGGGACGGUGACCGGCGACGAUGGAGCAGGAGAAACAAGGCUGUGCCACAAAAAUAAAACAGAGGGGAAAGAGGGACCAAGAAAUCGGGACGAAUCGGGGCCAGCGAGAGGGAAGACCGGAAAAGGUCUGCUAGUCCGUUAUUUUACUCGAUGGCAGCCAGAGGCAAAACAAAUCAGUCACGCAACUUUCUUCUUUCUCUGAUAUUUCGCCUUAUACGUUAUUUAUAAAGUAUCGUUAGACGCGUUAGAGUACGUGGUAGCUUCUAAGUAUUAAAAAUGUGAAUAAAAGAAAAAGGUUGUGGCGCUUGAUGCGCGCGGUGCAAACGCUGAGGGAGCGAUCGUUAAGCCUGGUAUCAGGAAGAGGAGUCUUCUGCGACAAGAAGCGAUUUGUCCUUUUGCUUUUAAUAAUUUUGUCUUUUCUUUUUGUUGGCAGUAUUAGAGAACGGAAAUUGGAAUAUGUAUUGUUCGCGAGAAUUACAGGAAUUUUGUUGAAAUUAAUUGUUUUAGAUUGGUAAAAUUUGCGUGAAAAGUUAGGCAAACUUAGAACAUUAUGAAAUAUUUUAGAUGCGGAAGUAGUCGUCAAUAUUUGCUCCUUGUUCGAAGACUCGUUACCCAAGGUGUUGUUCAAACGAGAUUUAUGGACAAAGUUACAGGAAAACCAAUCUAUUUUUCAUUUUGAGGGAGGUGGGAAAUGCUUUUACGCAUCUUAAAGGGCUAGCCCCCCGUGUGUGGAACUCAAUAGCGGCGUACCUCUCCGUCGCAAUUCCACCUGAAACCUACACCCCAUCGUGACUGGAUCCUCUGCCCGGCUGUGUCUAUCACAAGAGAACUACGGGCAGGGGCCAAGACAUGCAACCCAAUUACCUCGUAUUUAGGACAACUUACUAGAGCAAAAAAAUACACACAAUUCGCCAAAUGAGUAAUCACUAGGUGAGGUGAUAGCAUGGAAAAAUGCGAGACUAUAUUCGACCGACGACAGCAUUCCAGUAACGCCUGUGCGCAAGUCAAAGAAAAUAAAAAAAAAAAGUAAAAACUGAGGGAAACUUAGAGUCAUUGUAAUUUAUCGCACUAAACGCAACAAUACUUUUUGUACGAUUAAUUUAUUGAAGUAUGAUGACGAUGCCAUUUUACAGCUCGAGUUUAGUUAACGUUAAUAAUAAUGAUAUUAAUAAUAAUAAUAAUAAUAAUAGAAUCAAUGAACAACGAAUUGUAGAAUGGAAAUUUUCUAAUCUAAUUACGUUUCGCGACUACACGCGAGAAUUAUAAAUAAGUAUAUGUAAAUUCCUCGUCGAUGUGUGCAGAAUAAUGUUGAUGGUUUUUAUUUGUUUUUAUCUAUUUUUGCAUCUUCACGUGUUAGCUGUUAUGAUAAACGCUUUUCGGUGGGAAGCGAAGAACUUGGAAGAAUCUUCGAAAAAUGAGGCCAACGUUCUACCAGGGAAGAAGGAAUGAACGAAUUGUACAUACAAAAUCAAAUAUGAACAUAGUAUUAUGUGUCGAUGUGCGUACUAGGGAAAAAGGAACAUUCUUUUUCCUUUCUUCAUUUUGUAUUAAACGAAACUUGAUAAAUCGAUAGUUGAUACACGACACCGACUGAUAACUAAUGUGUACCUAGAACAUACGUCAAAUCGAAUAAAACAAUAUUUAAUAUAAA